AUGGCGAGUUUGAUCUUGAUGACAUGGAAGAUGAUGAAUGUUUUGUGGAGUUUCGAGUUAGAAAAGAGAUUUGGCGACCCCUGCAAAAGCUUUAGAAAUACCGGCUUUCAUUGUCAACAGCAAAGCAAGAUAAAUUGUAUGGAGGGUUCGUUUAUUCCUCUGAGAUGGUUUGCGUAUCCCUGUCGCUACUCAGACAUGCUUCCGCGUUUCAAAAGGUCUGUUCCAGUGCUAAGUAUGGCUACCAAUACAUUUCUGGACUAGAUAUGUGACACUCACAAACAUUUAGUAACUGGGUGAAACCCACAUUUGAUAAGUCCUCAGACACUCGGAGUUUAUGCACAGGCCACUGCAAGAAAAGAAUCCCCACUUCAAAAUUGCUUUGGUUUUAUAGAUGGAACUGUCUGCCCCAUUUGCAGACCUUGAAGACACCAGCGUGUUCUAUACAAUGGCCGUAAACAGGUACAUUCCCUUAAAUACCAGGCGAUUGCUUUACUUAAUGGGCUCAUAGGAAUGUAUGGACCUGUGGGUAUGUUGUCAUUAUUUUUUUUCCUAGUGGCUAUUCAUACGGGACCCGUACAUCCACUUGUAUUUGCUAUUCAUACGGGAUUCUGACUAAACUUACAUAGGGUUACACAGGGUUACGGUUGUUGCUAUAUGAAUGAAAAUAAAACUCUACCUAGCAGCGAGUAUUCCGUGGUAGAGUGGUUAGGCUACGAACUACGGAUUCUACACCCCGGGAUCGAUUCUCCAUCGUACCAUAUCGCAUUUAUUUUCCUUUUAGAAAUUGCCACUGAAUGUUUUUCCCUUAAAAAUUGAACGGCGGUUCAAGGAAAUUAAAUGACCAGAAAUUUCACAUAAACUUCGGUGUACAGGUCCCGUACGAAUAGCCACUGGGUUUUGUUUUUUGGCUAUAAACAGCAGUACUUUCCGUUAAAACGGAAACUGAUAAUAGUGUCAACUCUUGAAGCUAAGUUGUUGAGCCUUUUCUUUUUUCCAUCAUUUGCGUUUGUGAUCGACGUCGACUGCAAGAUUUCCCGCGCAACUUUCUCAGUUCAUGUAUACAUAGACUACACACUGACAAUUUUUAUCCUCAAGACGUCAUAUAUCAACUUCAAGACCACAUCAUUUGUGAAACUGUUAAGUUAAUAUUUGUGCAGUCAGCUUACUUAUAUAUUUGUAUAGAUAGAUUUUACGAAACCUAAUAAUUAACAGCUCAUGCAGUUCGUGUGAAUGACGUACACCUGCCCCCCCCCCCCAACCCUGCCCACACGCCAGCAAAGACAAAGUUGCAGGGGGAUUUAGUAGCCUUUUAACAGUUGCAGGGCAUCAGAUAAUUGACUGCUUCAGUAGGAGUGAUCUCACUUUGCCGAGAUUAAAUAUCUUUCAAGGCAUUGUAACAGCAGGGAUAGCAAAUUCUCACAACCAUGACAAGUGUAAACAAAAUUCUUUUAUUAAAUUUAGCAGCUGCAAAAUGUAAUUAUUGCAGAAAAGGGAAUAUGUAUUUUUCUGUUCAGAGCUAAAGAAAUAUUCACUAAGUUGUAGUUCUACUCCCAUGUCAGUUUACUUAACAUGGUCGACACUAAGUCCUAGCAGUUCCUUUGAAGAUGCCCCGGUUGACUCUCAGAUGGCUGACCAUAAACCACCCCUACUUAAAAGAACCAGACCUAGAGAGUACUGUUUAAUACGACCCAACAAUUAAAGAAGGACUCUCCUUGGCAAGGAUUUCAAGAUACCUUUCUGAUGCUUUUGAAAAGUGCACUAAGAUGAACAGCUUUCUUGAUGAUGUCCCAUAAGGCAGUUGACCAGGAACUGUGUCGCCUACCUAAAAGCAUUCAGGAGAGCAUCUCAAAAGGGAGUAUUUAACAGAAGCUGCAAAAUGAUUAUCCAAGGAAGUGCCUGUUAUGAGAGAUGAGAAGUCGCCUUUAUGGCCAGGAGAAAUUGCAUUUGAGUACUGGGCAAGUUCUUUUAUCUAAUAAUUUUAGUUUACAUGAAAGCUGCUCGAGAAACAUCUUAUAUAUAAUAUUUUGAGGUGGAACAAAACAAUAUCUAGCAUCCCACGCAGUGUCUCCCGGACACAGCGAACCAAAAGCAACUACUAUUUUUCUUAUAGAAGUCGGCUGCAAUUACUUUUCCGUAAACUGAACUACCUAAAUAAAGAUUCUAACGGCCUCUUGUUCAUAUCUUCAGUUACUGUACUUAGAACAGCUGCCUUACACCGUAAAUCCUCUAUUAAGCCCCUCAACCCUCUCUCUUUAAAGCAUCUCUCCCCCACCUUUAGUUUUGCAGUUGAACUGUAUUGAGAUUGUAUUAAAUAACGUUAUUUAUAAAAACUAACACUUUGUUUAAAGCAUGGUACAAUUUGUUAUAAAAUCACUCGAGUCUCGUAUUUUUUCCUUUUUUCUUAAAGCUCUGGGUUUGACCGUAAAUAGAUAAGCCUCCCUCCACAUCUGGCUCUCUUUAAACGUUCACGGAAAAAAAAAACCACCUAAAGGGUUCUUCAUAGAGGAUUUAUGGUACUUUACAUUGUUUUGACACCCUUGGCAUGCAAUGUUACUUGCAAGAAAACUUCCUAUACCGUGGUUUAUGAAUGAACGUUUCUUUCUCUUCACAUGAUUGUUUUCCAACAUAAGAGCUCCUCCAAAAGGCUUUUAAAGAAAUCCUAUUCAAAUGAGAAAAAUUCAAGAAAAAGGCCAUUCCCCCUGAAGCCUCGGUUGAUCAUAUGAACAUGACACGUAUAUACAAGUACAUAUCCACCUGACGUCAAUAAUUGUCAACAGCUGAUCUAAUCAUCUGCACCGUACAAUUCAAAGAGCAUUAUUCCUAAAGAUUUAAAAUUCUGAAGCAACCAUUAAUGUUAACUGAUGGGUGUUGAUGCCCUUUAUUCAUCAUGAAUGGCAUUUACUCCCGGGAAAAGCUCUAGGUAUCUUUGACAAGAACUCCGUCACGGACCGCCAUAGACAACCCGACCUGAUUCAUGAUACUGACCUUUUGUGUUCUGAUUUUAGUGGGUUGUAACCUUGUCUGAAAUCUGCUGUACCAUCCCUUUAGUCCUGCUCCUAAUUCACUUCUCCCAAAUCUCCCGAUUUUAUGAUCACUAUUAUUUUGAACGAUGACCUCAUGUAAGAAUCUUAUCAAGUUAUUUGAGAUGCACUCUCAAGAUUGAGGCAUCAAUCUAUUACGAAACCUGCCCACUAUAAAACUGAAGUGAUAGCAUGCGUGCAUCGCUUCUUUUGCAAUACUUCCCCUUUCACGGACCACCGUAGACAACCCGACCUGAUUCAUGAUACUGACCUUUUGGGCUUUGAUUUUAGUGGGUUGUAACCUUGUCUCAAAUCUGCUGUACCAUCCGGUUAGCCCUGCUCCUAAUUCACUUCUCCCCGAAAGUUACGAUUUCAUGAUCACUACUAUUUUGAACGAUGACCUCAUGUAAGAAUCUUCUCAAGUUAUUUGAGAUGCACUCUCAAGAUUGAGGCAUCAAUCUAUUACGAAACCUGCCCACUAUAAAACUUGAUAAAGUGAUAACACGCGUGCAUCGCUUCUUUUGCAAUACUACCCCUUGGGACACAAGUACAAAAAAAAAUCAUCAACCCGUAUUUAAAUGCCCAUCGCAGUAGUUAUGAAAAACUCCUUGGAGGACAAAAGAGAGACCACAGGAGCAAGAGAGAAGAGAGAGAACCAGGCAAGCACUGCGCGGUUAUGUUUUGUAACAACACCAACAGAGACGGAGUAAGUCUCCACCAGUUUCCCACCGAUGAACCCUUUUGGCGCCAGUGGAUAGCUUUUGUCUUAGCAAAGAGGGAUGAUGGCUGGACGCCGGGAUCUGGUAAUAUUUGCAGUUCACAUUUUAUGCCAGACUGUUAUGAAGGAAUGGAUGCAAAACUCACAGGGUUUGCUAAGAAGGCUUAUCUGAAGAAGACAGCCAUCCCCACAAUUCAGGCCAAUCCCACCCCUGGACAAAUUCAGGAAGCGCUUUCACUUAAGAAAAAAACGUACAUCUGCGGCAAUGCAGGGUGA